GUAAACUCAAAGCUGCUUGAGGCAUAAAGACGCAAUGAAGACAAAGCGAUGACCCUUAAAAACACAAAUACAGGAACUCUUUGGUCAUUUAACUGCAAAAUUUAAAUCCAGAUGCUGGACUACAAACAGCUGGCACAGAUAUUCUAGAACACUGAAGCAUGGGGAGCCAUGAAAGAAGCAGACUUGUGGAGCUUCUGUUAAAGGAAGAUCUUGAGGCCGUGACUUUGGGGCUUGAGCAGGGACUCUACUGCUGGGAAGAAAUAGAUCUGCCACAUGAUUCAGAUGGCUGCACUCCUCUUAUAAGUGCCUGCAGAAUGGGUCUUGCUAUGGUGAUGCGUUUUCUUCUGGAAAGAGGAGCAGAUGCCACCCUCUGUAACCAUAGCAACCAGACAGCUCUUCAUGUUAGUCAGCCAGCACUCGAGGGGGAGCUGUUAUCGGCCUUGAUCAGAGAUUUACCCCACCAGAUGCAGCUCUCAGAUGCCGCCUGGAGGGGAGACCCCUGCAGUUUACAGGAUCUGACGGCCCAGACAGAAAUGUUGGACUUUAAUAAACAGAACAGAGAUGGACUGACCCCUCUUAUGCAGGCUGUAAGAGAUGUAGAACUGUUUGAAGGACUGGAGUUGCCAUGGAAAUAUCAGCCUGUGGAAGUGGUGAAGGAACUUAUGUCUCUUUCAGUUGACACAAAGAUCAUAGAUCAAAGAGGUCACAGUGCAUUGUGGUAUAUCUCUCAGAUCAAGAGCUCUAAAAAAGAAGAACUUCUCAGAGUAAUGGAUUCUGAGCCACAAGCAGUGUUUACGUGUCUGGAAUGUUAUUGGCCAGGGAGUCCAGCCAUAACCCCAAGCUGCUCUCCUACACGUGACUGUUGCACACCUGAGAUGAAGGCAGAGUCAUCUGAGAAUAUAGUUGCCCAAGCAGACCUAAACCAAGAUAACAGGAUCUGCUCUGAGGGUUCAAUGGAGCCAAAGAUAACCAUCAGAAGAUACAGCAGUGAUGAGAGGAAACAGAGCAGUCGCACUUCAUCCCUGCCCAGCCUAUGGGGCAGCAGAAAAAGCUGGGACAAAACAAGGCUCUUCCAUCCGUCACUUAAAAUGACUUCUUCGGUACCUGUUUUUCCCACUCCUCACUGUAGCCAGCUCAGCAAGUUGACAUCAACGCUGAUGGAACCUGCUCUUGAUGCAAGUUUGUUGCUGCAAGCACGGGCUAACAUUCAUAACAGGCUUAGAUGUGCCGAUACAGAGGAUGAAGUCAUCACACAAAAGAUGUCACUACCAACCAUGUUGAGGACACCUAUGCAUCUAGCGCCGCUCGACAGUAGAUAUAGAAAUGUCUCUGCUACUACAAGUAUUGAGCACCCACUGCCUAUAAAACCACCAAGCACCUUCCCUUUCUCAUCCGAGUGCAGACGAAACGUGGAAAGGAUCUCCAGGCUAUCUUUUAGAAGAUCCAGAAGCACCAGAGCAGGCAGUGAGGAGAGUCAUUCCUGCAGCAGUAGCAGCCAAGAAGAGGAGGAGGAGAAUGUUCCUCAAGUGACAUACACAAUAAUCAGGGAACUGGAAUUGGUAUCUCAUUUGGAUUUUCAAGAUUUAAACAGUUCUGAAAUGAAAACUAUAAGAAACAAAGACAUUAUCAUUUCAGAUGAUAAAAAAGAUAAAACACUUAUCGAAUCAAUCAUUGAUAGACAGGUAGAUGCUGAUGUCAGUAAUGUCUCCAAAACAAGUGCAAACUCUGAGGAACUUCAGAAAAAGUCUGAAAAUAUUCACACAUAUCGCAAUGAACCCAGCAGCACAACCACACGAGCAAGAGAUAAUGGACCUUGUGUUAAUUCAGAUGAAAAGCACUUAAGAGAAUUUGUAGUAGAUCAAAUUCUACAUGAAAAGAGCAAACCAUUAAAGGCCAUCAAAAGAAAUGACAGAAAAUGCAAAGCAUCUUUUCACACAAAUCAGUCAUUCAAUAUUUUGGCACACAGAAAUCAGAGCACUGAUAAAACUACAAGCACCAGGAUAAAUUCACCAAUUCACUCCAAGAUGAAGCUCAGAGAAAACAAGCCCUCACGUGUAGUUAUUGCAGCAGAUACUCCAAACAAAUCAUUUAUGCCAGGGAUGACACCAACAGCUUGCAAAAAAAACACAGAUGAAGUCACAACAACAAAGAGGGUCUCUGAAACUCGUCAAGACACAAGGUUGAGUUGUGAUGACAAAAAAGAAAGCUUUUACAGUCAAAAGCAAUUUCACAGAAAUCUGAGAAGUGCAGGACCAUCCAAAAAGCCAGUUUUAGGAGCAACACUGCGAGCAAAAUCUGCUGUGGACCAUGUCACGUACAACGACAUGUUUCUGAAGAUCAGUCAGGAUGAUGAAGGUCCAACGAUUUAUGAAAUGUUUGCGACUCCAGUCUAUGAAAAUCUUAGAGUGGACAAUUCAGCUGAGAAAACCAAACCGGGCCAUACAUCACUUCAAGUUAAAAGACAAAUCAAUGGAAAACAAAGAGUGCCUAAAACAACAGAAGUCAACAGAAGAAAACUCAAGGAAUCUCAAUCUGGAAGAUACAGUCGGGCUAAAUGCAGGCAACACAAGAGAAGGGAUAGUGUUCCAAAACGGAUAAAAAAGCAUCUACCCUUUUCAGAGAAUAAACGACACAAUGUAACUUCAGAUUGUGGGGCAGAGGAAGAACAUGAAAGCUCCAACAUUACAUUUACUGAAGAUGAUGGCAAGGAUGUUCCUAGUUGGGUUAUUAAAAGACAAAAGAGUCCCAUACUGUCAGUGAUUGAAGAAGUUCUUUCAAACACUUUCUCCAAACCAAAUAUUCCACAACAAAAUAGUUCAGUCACAAGAUCUGAAGCGCACCUCAUUCACUCUACAACACAUCAAGAGCCACAGACUCUGAAUAAUCUAGGUACCACGGGUGAACCUGAAACAUCAUGUAUGAGCAGACUUCCAGCACAUCCUCUGGUCAACACAUGGACAAGUGACAGAACAGUUUCACCUGUACAUGUAUAUCAGAAGUUUCUAGAAGAGGUGGGUGAUGGACCUCUCACAGAAGACUUGCUCCGGUCUUUGGCAAAGGGGUUAAUGUCACAGGAGGAAAGAGAAGCCGAAACACUUGAGAGUGAAAAGUACGAUGGCAAAGAGUUUAAUAAGGGCUUACCUUCAAAAUUCAAGAAACUGUUAAAUGAGGACAUUUCCUCAGGUGAACUGAAAUAUGCUCAGAAAUCGAGAUUGUGUUCAGAUGAUGCAGCUAUCACGUGGACAAAAGGAGAAGUUCUGGGGAAAGGAGCCUAUGGAACAGUGUACUGUGGGUUAACUAGUCAAGGUCAACUGAUCGCAGUCAAACAGAUAGUAUUAGACGCUUCAACUUCAGAGAUUGCAGAAAAAGAGUAUGACCGACUGGAGAGAGAAGUGGAUCUUCUGAAGAACCUUCAACACGCAAACAUUGUUGGUUUCUUGGGCACAGCUCUAUCUGAGAACAUUGUAUGCAUCUUCAUGGAGUAUGUCCCAGGUGGUUCCAUUGCGAGUAUACUGGGCAGGUUUGGACCGCUGCCCGAGAAAGUGUUUGCCUUAUACACCCGACAGAUUCUAGAGGGGGUUGCCUAUCUUCACGCUAACAGAGUCAUCCACAGGGACCUGAAAGGGAACAACAUCAUGCUUAUGCCAACUGGAGUAGUCAAGCUAAUUGACUUUGGGUGCGCUCGUCGACUAAACUGUCUGACUUUGAGUGGAAGUAAGGGUGACCUUUUGAAAUCUGUUCAUGGUACCCCAUACUGGAUGGCACCGGAGGUGAUCAACGAGACAGGCCAUGGACGAAAAUCAGACAUUUGGAGCAUUGGCUGCACUAUAUUUGAAAUGGCCACAGGAAAGCCACCCUUGGCACACAUGGCAAAGAUGGCGGCCCUGUUUUACAUCGGGGCUCGAAAGGGCUUGAUGCCUUCAUUGCCUAAUGACUUCUCUACAAAUGCUAGAGACUUUGUUCAGGCUUGCUUAACCAGAGAUCCAAGAGAACGACCAUCUGCAAAGGAGCUGCUAAGACAUGCAUUCAUCUCUCAUCACAGCCAACCCUGCAUAUGGACUGUUAAUUAACCUUUCUGUUUUUGUGCUUUCCAAAGUGACAUUGUCAAAACAAAAAUACAAAUCAAAUUGAUUUU